CAGGAGACGUCCGGGUACGUCGGUUUAUUGUCAGGAGACGUCCGGGUACGUCGGUUUAUUGUCAGGAGACGUCCGGGUACGUCGGUUUAUUGUCAGGAGACGUCCGGGUACGUCGGUUUAUUGUCAGGAGACGUCCGGGUACGUCGGUUUAUUGUCAGGAGACGUCCGGGUACGUCGGUUUAUUGUCAGGAGACGUCCGGGUACGUCGGUUUAUUGUCAGGAGACGUCCGGGUACGUCGGUUUAUUGUCAGGAGACGUCCGGGUACGUCGGUUUAUUGUCAGGAGACGUCCGGGUACGUCGGUUUAUUGUCAGGAGACGUCCGGGUACGUCGGUUUAUUGUCAGGAGACGUCCGGGUACGUCGGUUUAUUGUCAGGAGACGUCCGGGUACGUCGGUUUAUUGUCAGGAGGCGUCCGGGUACGUCGGUUUAUUGUCAGGAGACGUCCGGUCAACCGUUAAGGGUACGUAAGAGUCCGUUGGGUCAAACAUUAGACAUUGGGUUAAAGUUAGACGUACGGGUACCUUGGGUCAAGCGUUAGACAUAUGGGUUUGUAAGCUCUAAUAAGCACUUUAAUGCCACUAACAUUAAUAUUUAUUGGGUUUGGUCGCAACCUCUUGUUGUGACGUGGCUUCCAGAGAAGUGUUCUGAUUUCAUAACGGUGAACGGCUCCUGCAGCUGCAGAUCUUCCCGUUGGCUGCUGCAGGAUUAUCUGUGUUCAGUCCAUAAUGACCGGCAUGCUGACGAGGCAUGUGUUAUAAAUGCGUCUGAUCGGUCUGAUCGGUUGUUAGAGAUCUGCUGCUGCUCAACACAUAUUGCUGCUCUCAGGUCAGUGUCUCUUCUGUUUUCUGUGUCUACAAUUCAAAUUAUAGGAUCCCUCACAUUUACUGUUACUGAGAACGUUAUUAUUAUUGAUACUGACUGCAGAGAGAUUUAAUCAUGUGCUUUCAAUGGGAAUGACACAAAAUACAAACAUUCAUAAGUUUAGCUGAAGAUAAAAUAAAAGAUAUUUUGGAAUCUUUCUAUUUGUCCAGUUGGUAAAAUUAAUCCCUUUAAUUAGAUUUUACUUUAAUACAAGUUCAUGAAAAUAAUAAAUAUGUGUUCUACCAGAAAAAUACCUUAAAUUCAAUCAGAUGUGUUUUUGUCUAACACCAAAAGUCGAGUCUGAAUUUAAGAUUUCAUUCACAGGUCGUGACAAUCUUCAGUCAACAUGAGUCCAAAACAUGUCAUCUUUAAGAAAGUUUCCCGCGACAAGUCGGUGGCGGUAUACAUGAGCAAGAGAGACUUUGUGGAUCACUGUGACUAUGUGGAUCCAGUCGAUGGAGUUAUUGUGCUCGACCUGGUGCAACUCAAAGGAAAGAAAGUGUACGUGAUGCUGUCGUGUACGUUUCGGUACGGCCGUCAAGACAUGGAUGUGAUGGGCGUGGCCUUCAAGAGGGACCUGUUCAUGGUGACCCGGCAGGUUUACCCCGAGCUGCAGGACAAAGAGAAGCUGACUCACACCAAGAUCCAGCAGAAGCUUCUCCGGAAGCUGGGAGACCAAGCCUUCCCCUUCUUCUUUGAGUUUCCAGACAACCUGCCGUGUUCCGUUGCUCUGCAGCCCGGACCCUCUGAUGUGGGAAAGAAAUGUGCGGUGGAGUUUGAAGUGAAAGCGUUCUGUGCUGAGAACCAGGAUGAGAAGAUGGACAAACAGAGUUCAGUUCGUCUCAGCAUCCGUAAGAUCCAGUUCAGUCCAGAAACCAGUAAACUGGUUCCAGUGGCAGAAACCACCUUUGAGUUCCUGAUGUCUGAGAAACCGCUCCACGUCAAACUGAGCAUGCCCAAAGAGACGUUCUACCAUGGAGAGCCUGUCGGAGUGAAUGUAGAAAUCACCAACUCGUCCAGCAGAAACAUCAAAGACAUUAGUUUGUCAGUGGAACAGGUGACCAACAUCGUCCUCUACUCCAACGACAAGUACGUCAAGUCAGUGGCCAAAGAAGAGACCAGGGACUCGGUCCCCUCUGGUACCAGUCUGAAGAAGGAGUACACUCUCUAUCCUCUGCUGGCUCACAACAAGGAUAGGAGAGGACUCGCUCUGGACGGACGACUCAAACAUGAAGACACCAACCUGGCUUCAUCCAGCAUAGUGAAGCAGGAGGUGCUAAAGGAGGUUCAGGGGAUGCUGGUCUUCUAUAAGAUUGUUGUGAGGAUGAUUGCUUCUGGGACAAUCGGAUCAAGUGAGGUGUCUGUGGAGCUCCCUUUCAGACUGAUGAACCCUGAACCAGUGACCCAGAGGACAUGGUGUUUGAGGAGUUCAAACGAGUCUACCUGAAGGGCGUCGUCUACGGAGACGACGACGAGUCUCCCACUGAGGCAUAGACUACACAGAGACCUGAAGACUGAAUGAUCAAUAAUUCAGAGACAGACAUGCUGGCAGGACGUCCGGAUUCACAGCAGACAAAAACAUAAAUGUAGAUUUGUUUUAAAAUGUAACUUUAUAGUUAUUUUAUGGUGGAAAAUGCUUGUUACUCAUUAUAGUAUAAUAAUGUGACUGUAGGUGAAUCUCCAGCUCUUUAAUAUUUCAUCAAUAACCAUCACCUCCAUAAAGAUGUGGACGAAG